GCCAUUGCCGCCCUGUUUGAGUCCUGUGUAGCUUCAGGGAGGCCGGUGGUGGAUUGUUGUGGUUGGUUGUGCGUUCUGCAGACUGUAGGCUCUUUAGAAAGGACACCUGCUCACGCCCGAAGCAGGAAAUGGAGCCAGUAACCUUUGAGGAUGUGGCUGUGAACUUCACCCUGGGAGAAUGGGCUUUGUUGGAUUCUUAUCAAAAGGAGCUCUACAAAGAUGUGAUGAAGGAAACCUUUAGCAACCUGAUUUCCAUAGGGAAAGCCGAGGAAGAACAUAUUGGAGAGGAUUACCAAAACAUUAGGAGAAAUCUGAGCACUCAUAUGGUUAAAGGAGUCUAUGAAUUUGAACGUGGUAGUCAGUAUGGAGAAGCCCCUCAACAGAUUCAAGAGCAUAUUGUUAAUGAGUGCACGCCUCCUGGAAUAAUAGUAUGUGAAAACAGUGUGUGUGAAAAUGACGUCAUUGGUCUUUCACAGUCAGAUGUGCACCUCAAAGGUCCAACUGUAGAGAAACCAUAUGCAUAUCAGGAACAUGUGGAAAAGCUUUUUAAACAUAAGAAAUGUUGGAAAGAUUUUACACAUUCUGAGUCCUUUCUUACCUAUGAGAAUCCUUCCAGACGGAAACCCUAUGAAAAUAAACUAUCUAAUGAGCACAGUAGGAGUCUCACUUCUGAUCAAGAUUAUGAGACAAAUCAUAGUCUCCGUGAAUAUAAGCAGUUUGAAACCGCUCUCAUGACAUGUAGUUAUGUUCAGUCAUAUGAAAAACUCCAAACUGGAGAAAAACCAUUUGUAUGUAAGCAGUGUGGAGAAACCUUCAUUAAUUCCAGUCACCUUAUCAAACAUCAUAAAAUUCAUACUAGAGAGAAGACUUUUGCAUGUAAGUAUUGUGGAAAAGCUUUCAUCCAUCCAAGGGCCUGCUAUAAUCAUGAACGAACUCACACUGGAGACAGACCUUAUGUGUGUAAACAAUGUGGGAAAGCUUGUAUUCAUUCUUACCACCUUCUCCAACAUGAAAGAAGUCACAGCCGAGAAAAACUGUAUGCAUGUAAGCAGUGUGGGAAAGUAUUUGGACGUUCUUCAUACCUUCGUAAACAUGAAAGAAUUCACACUGGAGAGAAACCUUAUUUAUGUAAGCAUUGUGGAAAAGCAUUCAGUGAUCCCACAACCCGUAACAAUCAUGAAAGAACUCACACUGGAGAGAAACACUAUGUUUGUAAACAGUGUGGAAAAGCCUUCAUUCGUUCCUCUCAGCUUCUGAUCCAUGAAAGAAUUCACACUGGAGAGAAACCUUACUCGUGUAAACAUUGUGGGAAAGCUUUCACCUAUUCCAGUGCCUGUUACAUUCAUGAAAGAAUUCACACUGGAGAGAAACCUUAUGUAUGUAAGCAGUGUGGGAAAGCAUUUACAUGUUCCACAUACCUUCACAAACAUGAAAGAAUUCAUACUGGAGAGAAACCUUAUUCAUGUAAGCAAUGUGGGAAAGCCUUCAUCCAACAUAGGGCUUGUUACAAUCAUGAAAGAAUCCACACUGGAGAGAAACCAUAUGUAUGUGUGCAGUGUGGGCACGCAUUCACUUUUUCAAAAUCCCUUCAAAUACAUGAAAGAAACCAUACUGGAGAGAAACCAUAUGUAUGUAAGCAAUGUGGGAAAGCAUUCACAUGUUCUACGUAUCUUCACCAACAUGAAAGAACUCACAAUGAAAAGAAAUCCAGUGGGUAGAACUUAUACUAAUGUAAAUCAUGUGAGAGUCUUUGUAGCCAGCUUGCUGGUAUUGCAAGGAGAAAGAAGUAUGGAGAGAAACCAAGAGAAUAUGAGAUCAGCAGUUGUGUA